AUGGUAAUUGCGAUAUACCAGCAUAGUAAAAUUAGUGGUUUGUUCCCAGGUGGACCUCAACAAGUCUCUGAAUCGGUAGAUGAAGUGCAAAAGAUAAUCAAAGACUUCAGUAGCUCAAGGAAUGGCCACUUCCAGUCCAUUAAGAACUGUGGAGUUCACAAUGACUACUUCAAAGAUCAGCCUACCUUAUUGACAAAAUAGACUGCAUUGGGGAGGUGUACUUACAACCUAGUCAUUCAGGUGCUGACGCCCACCCUUUUCCUAAUUUCUCUGCCUUUGCCGGGCCUGAUGGGCUAUACGGGAGGGAAGGGGAGGGAAUGUUGGUACUACACCCUCAGCAGCCCCCACGCACUCUCCCCCGCCUGAAAGCAAGAGGAGAUGCACAAGUGGCUGGAGCGCGAAGGCUUUGCCAACCUCUCACAGCGGUGGAAUGGUGCCUGCAUGGCCAUCGAGGGUGACAUUGUGACCACCAAAGUGGCCUGUGUCUUCAAGGAGCAGGUAGAGGCAGCUAUUAAGACCUGUGGACUGACUGGGAAGGUGAGUGCACUGGGCACGACGGAUUCUAUAGUGCAUGUCACCGUGGAGACCUUGGAGUUUCGGUCGUUUGGCUUCAUUCUCAAGGCCGCUUCCAGUUACCACUGGCUGCUGUCAUUCCCACUGGCAGAGCAGGUACUGCUGGGAAAUAUAGACAAAGAUGGUGGCUGUGGUAGGAAGUGUUACCCCCCCCCCCCCCCCCCCCCCCCCAUGCUGUAGUCACUGCUGUUCUGGGCAUGUGAGAGGUACCCACGUGCCAGGUUUCAGCGAAACCUGAUGGAGGUUUUGCUAUACCUGGUGCAGAAGCUGCAUAAGUGUGUGUGUGUGUCCCAGCACUACCUCAGACACUACCUUGUAUGCACCCACAACCUGCUGAAGUACACCAGCAUCAGUGAGCUGGGUAACAUGGUCAAGAAGAUCUCCGACUUCCUGGAUGACCCAAGUGCCUAUAUCUAUUACGAGCGUGUCUUCUUUCUCAUUACAAAAGGGGAUAAAACAUAA